CCGGAAGAGUAAAGCAGUGUUUACAGUUGCAUGCGGUUGCAUGCUGCUUGUAUUUGUAAUGGUGCUCGCUUUUUUGAGGUAUACAGGUUUUUUACAGUUCAUAUACAGUGAUGAUGAGGCACUUGUACUGCACUGCAGGCGCGGGGAUGGAGGAGCUGCUGGCCGAGGAGGUGCAACAUAAACUCUGCGCUUCUCAAGUGGAGCAGAUUCCAGGUAGAGUGUUCUUUUGCUGCAACGCUGAUAUGCACACUGUGACACAACUCAAGUCUGCAGAGAGGCUGUUUUUACUUCUGCGCAAAGCUGAACCUAUUUCACUUCCCAAAAACCCAGCAAAGGCAGCUGCUGUUAUAAAGGACAGAGUGGUAGGAGAUCCAGACCUUUGGAAGCAGACCCUCUUAACAUGGACAGGCCUACAGGAAGAGCUUCAUUCCAGCCAGCAGCGUGGAUACAAGAGAAGGAGAGAGGAGGAUGAGAGAUUGACUAUAGCAGAUGAAUCCACACACACUCUCACCUCAAGCACACACAUAUUUAAAAAAACAAGUGAAAUGGAUAAGGAGUCACAUCAGCACACACCAUCCUUCAGAGUGAGCUGCCGCUGCAGUGGAGUCAUUGCCCGAUCUUAUACUGCUCAGAGACUGAGUCGUAUCAUUGGGAUGGCUAUCAAAGAACAUCUUGGGUGGAAGGUGGACCUGAGAGAGCCUGUUCUUGAGGUGAAUGUGUAUUUAAGCGAUGACCACUGUGUUGUAGGUAUCCCUCUUUUGAAGCAUCCUUUGGCCAGUCGUUCUUAUAUGAAACACAACGGGUUGCGUUCUACAAUAGCCUGGGCAAUGACCUCUCUUUGCCCUAAACAGCUGAAUGAUUGUGUGAUUUUAGACCCAAUGUGUGGAGUUGGAGUUGUGUUGUUGGAAGCAGCUCAGGAGUAUUCUAAUGCUAUAUUUCUAGGUAUGGAUACAGAGAUGUCACAGUUGCAGAAAGCUGCAGAGAACAUAAAAGCAUCUGGAAUGGAAGGAAGAGUGCAGCUUCUUCGUUCCUCUGCAUUAGAGAUCCCUCUUGCAGAUGGGGCCGUUGAUGUUGUGCUCUGUGAUGUUCCAUUUGGCAGGAAGUUCAGCUGCAGCUCUGACAUGCCAACUGCCCUGCCACUCUUACUGAGAGAGAUGGAGAGGGUAAUUCGUGUUGGUGGACAUCUUGUUCUGUUACUGAGUUUGCAGCUUUCUGCACAGCUUAAGAAGAUAAUUUGCACACACAAACACAACCAACACUUAAACUCCUCAGACACAAACAAUGUUCACACUGGCCCCUCAAACAAACCAAAAACCUUAACUUUUCACAAAUCAAGCUCUGAAGCGUUGAAUACACCGUUAUUGAUCAGCUCAUUGCAAGCGCAGAGGACACACAAAGUUAGUCUGGGGAGCACGGAUGCAUUUAUACACACCUACACCAAAAUACAACACUCACACUGAAAUAAGUUCACCCUGAAAUGCUUGUGGACAAUCAGAAUUGACAACAAAUGACCAAAAUGUUAAUAAAAUCUAUUUAAAAGAUUUUUAUGCUGUA